AUUAUUUAAAGACUUGUUUUUGAUGAUGCAACACAGUAAUAAGCUGUAAAAAGAAAAAAGAUCAAAGAAUUGAAGAUUUAGAUAAAUCCAGACUUUGAUGACUACCAGGCAAUAACACACCAUGUCUUACCACUGUACAGCACCUUAUACCAAUGAGUGGAAUAUGUCCAAUCAACGGCUUAGCUAUCUUCUAUCACAAGACAUCACCUACGCUGAUUUCUCUCAACUAUUGUUAUUCGAUCCGGACAUAUCUACACCUAACCACUCACAGAUAUUUAUCUCCAUUUUACCAGAGGCCCCUAUAUUACCUGUACCGCUUAUGCAAACAAACAGGACAGAGAUUUACCAGAAUCGGUCAACCAUAUCUAUAUCCAACAUGUCACCUAUAGUGCCACCACCAUCAUUUUGCUACCAGAAUCAGUCAACCAUAUCCAUUUCAAACUUGUCACCUAUAUUACCACAUCAAUCAUUUUCCCACCAGAAUCAGUCAGCUGUAUCCUUUAGCAACUUUGCAGAUACUCCAGCUGGAUCUAUGUCUCACCAAAAUCAGUCAACCAUGUCUACAACCAAACAACCAGCCAUAUUACCUGUCGCAGCCUUUCAGUCAAUCUUACCAAAGACCUGUCUUAAUCAAACAGAUAUGCCUACACCAAACCAGUCUCCAUCAACCAAUGCACAACCAAGUCAGUCAAUAAAUUGCAAAGAAACAAGUCUCCACAAUAGUUCUGAGUUUGAGCAUGUAACAUCUACUCAGCCAGUCAUCACAACACCAACCAACAAAGUGAUGACAUCACCAUCAUCAGAUAAUCCUCUAGUAGCAGCCUUCCAGUUACCAUACUAUACUGGAGCUAGUGACUUUUGUGACAAGAACACACCACAGCUUAGUCCUACACCAGUAAGGUCAGUCAGAAACCUUAUUGAUGACAUCGAGAAGAAAAUCAAAUCAGAUACACCAUGCUCCUCUAGUAAAGGGACAUGUGUUCCAGCUAAAAUAUCUCCUAGACAACAAACUAUCAUCAACUCUUCCACUAAAAUCUCAGAUGAUUCGUCUAGUAUGUUACCAACAGAGACAGCUAUUGUAGAUCAACAGCCAACAUACAUUGUGUGUACUAGUCAACUACCAGAUCAACAACCAACUGUCACAACUGUACUAGAAGUAUGUCCAACCAUUUCAACACCUAUUAAUCAACAAGACAGUUCUAUUGAAGAUCAGUUACCACCAUCCCAGUGUACCACCACAGAACAUCUGUCAUUGGCUUUAUCUAGUCAACCAUUGAUCAACCAAUCAACAAUAACUUCUAAUCAACCAGAGACAGCUUCAAGACUUCUUGACCAGAUGUUAAGCGUCUGUUUGUCAUCACCUAGUUUAUCAGACUUAUCUGUAAACAGCUCAUUGCUAAAUGAAGAUGAAGCAACAGAACUCCAGAGCAUCCUUAGAGAUUCCUUCAUUUCCAUGACAACACUGCCCUCUAGUGACAACGAAAAGACAGAACAGCAAAUGAACAAUGAACUGAUCAACUCAUUAAAUCAAACCUACAACCUUCACCAGAAUGUUACCAUGUUACAUGAUGAUCUGAUAGACAUUAAUGUUGACUCUACAUUCAAUGAUCUCUUCUACUAUGUCCACCAAGGUAGUCCAUUAGUCCAUAGUGAAGUCAGCCCUCAGCUUUUAUAUGAACAUUCCGCCACAAAUAGACAGUCUUCCAGUAAAGACAUUCACCAAACUACAACAGAUAUCAGCCAAUCAAGUUGCAAACAACCAAAUCAAACAACAACCAAGUUACUUGUCAACAGACAACAAGACAAUCCAAACACUUUAGAAUCGACUCUAUCAACAGUUUCAACCCACCAACCAGACCAUUCUGACCAUUCUGACCAACCUGUUAAACCAAUAUGUUCUACACAGUAUAGUAGCCAUGUUGAGACUGAAGAAGUUAGUGGAAUUACCCAUCAGUCAACACCAGAUACUAGACCAGUAGGUGUCACUACUAGACAAUCAGCUCGCAAACGUCUCUUUGAGUCAACACCUAUGAAGAUGGCAUGUGAUAUCAACUUUGAUAACUACAUGUCAUGUGAAGACACACCUCCUGGUAAAAGACAGAAGGUUUGUGUAAGCUGUGAUGGUCCAGUGUCUGUCAACCAAGUAUCUUCAUCUACUAAUCUUACCACUCAACAGACAGCAAGUGCAAUUCAGAACCCACCAUGUAGUCCCUCAACAAUUGCUGGUUACAUCUGUCAUAAGUACAAGGGGGAGAAGGUCACCAACUCCUACCCUGCUCAGAACAGCAGACGCAACAUUCAGAGUUUAAUGAAGAUUCCGCCACAUAUUCUCAACUCAAGACUUCCUGCUUCCAAGUUUGCAAAUUUAAUGGAGGACUAUAGUGACAUUCAGUAUGAGUACAGGCAGCUCUUUGAUUACACCACCAAACAGAUCAGUUCGUUUGCCUUUAUAGGGAUCAAUGAGACGAAACCACACCUCUUUGCCCGAGAUCUCAUGUGGAAGCUUUUCUCUAUACCUGAGCUGUCCCAGUGUGUUACCAUGCCGAGGUUUACAACACUCUUCCCUCUGGAUUCUGACAUCAUGGCUGCAGUAAAGACUGUUACUUGUCAGAAGUUUGGUAUAAAGGAAUGGGAGAAUACCGUUGUACCCGAUAUUAAAAAACUCAUCAGAAAUUUCUUCAGUGUUAAACUUCAGUGUAGCGUCUAUUUUGAUAUCUUAAUGAACAGACUUUAUUAGUGGUUAAUAUGAUAAAAUGUUACAUUUCAUCACUGAAUACUGCUCCAACAAUGAAUUCUUCCUUAGCAAUAUAUUCAAGUAAUGUGCCAUAAACUGGAAUUAUUAAUAGUUGGUCCAAAAGUCUCUGUGUAAGAUGUACUAACUUUCAGUAGUAUUAUUCAGAACUUUGUCAUCACACUAGAUAUUGUUAUGCUUUGUUUCAGUAUAUUUUAUUGUUUUAUUCUGUAAACUUUUUUUUAAAGUUUUUUAAAAGUUUUUACUUUGAUUUUAUUAAUGAAAGUGUUAGGAUUGUAUGUCUUCUUCCAAAAUGUUUGUCAUAUUUAAGACCUUAUUUGGAAUUCAUUAUGUUUGGUUUUUUUAUUAAUCAAUUUAUCUUUUUGUUCUCUUAACAUAAAAAGUUUCAUAAUUUUUUUAUAUAAGGAUGAAGUGACCUCAAAACGUGUAUAAUUUGCCUAAAUAUAGAGGAUUUUUAUUGAAUUUCUAGCAAGUAUUCAAAUAUGAAAAUUGAGUAAAAAUAAAAGAUAAUUACAAUGUGAGAAAAAAACAUCAGUCUUAAUCUGUUAUAUAGAGAAGAUUCUGAACUAUGCAUGUUUACCUAAAAUGCAAUAAAUAUGUAAUAAGUUAGUGCUUUGUAAAUAAUGAAGUGUGUAUAUGUGUAUAGACAGGUGUAAAUAAUGAAGUGUGUAUAUGUGUAUAGACAGGUGUAAAUAUACCGGUAUGUAAAGACAUAGAUAACUGUAUAUUAUUUAUGAAAGAAAGUAUUUAUUAAUUUCAUGGUUAAAUGUGUGCAAGAGUAUGUAAUGUUAGGAUGUGAAGUAAUUGGCAACUAAUUAUUCUAAUAGUAAAACUAAUAGUAUAAUGUUUUUUUUUAUUAGUCCCAUUGUCAAUUGAACAUUUUUUUUAUAAUUAUGUUUGCUUG